GUCAACGAAGGACCCCACUCUUCGGAAUUAGCGUUCUCUCACGUUACUCUGUUUCUCUCACUUUAUAAAGAAAUUCCUCUCCCACGUUGGACGCGACUUCUCUCUUUUUUUUUUCCUCCCCAUCACGUUGAAGACUUUCGGCUGCUCUGGCUUGUCAAUCCCCCCAAGGUCGUCCGUGGUGCCUUCCCGCCAAAUCUCCCCUCUUCCCCCCUCCCUUCUGAGUGAUCAGUUUGAACGUCGUCCACCUUACAUUUACGACCAUUCAUACCUCACCAUAAAAAAACAAACAUCGUCAAUUACCUAUCUUUCAACCUAAUCAGCAUUCCAGUCGGAUCCUAUUGUCGCCUAUCCUGGACUAAUAAUAAUAAUUAACCUGGACUCGGUCCUCAAUCACUUAUCUUAAUUCCACUUUGACAAUAAGCCUCGUCUUACUGCCAUAAACCAAAGCUCGCCACCAUGGCCGAGUCCAACGCCGCUGCGCCGGCACUGCACACCAAUAUCGAGUCGGGUAAUUUCGACGAGAAAGAGGCCCAUCGUGCCCAAGAUCCUACCGUUGCCAAGCCUGCUAAGGGUGAGGAAGAAGAAGAAGAUGAGGACAUUGAUGCCUUAAUCGAGGACCUCGAGUCGCAAGACGGUAAUGCCUUUGACGUCGAGGAAGAGGAAGAUGGACAGCCCGCUGGUACUGGUCGUGUUGUGCCGGAGGAGAUGCUCCAGACCGAUACCCGAGUUGGUCUGACAGAAGCUGAGGUUACAAACCGCCGCCGAAAAUAUGGUCUCAAUCAGAUGAAGGAGGAGAAGGAGAAUCUCAUCCUCAAGUUCUUUGGUUUCUUUAUUGGUCCUAUCCAGUUCGUCAUGGAGGCUGCUGCCGUCCUUGCCGCUGGUUUAGAAGAUUGGGUCGACUUUGGUGUCAUUUGUGCUCUGCUACUCCUCAACGCCUGUGUUGGUUUCAUUCAGGAAUUCCAGGCUGGUUCAAUUGUCGAUGAGUUGAAGAAGACUCUUGCCCUCAAGGCUGUUGUCCUCCGAGACGGAACUCUUAAAGAAGUUGAGGCUCCCCAAGUCGUUCCUGGUGAUAUCCUCCAGGUCGAAGAAGGUACCAUUAUCCCUGCUGAUGGCCGAAUCGUCACCGACGAUGCUUUCCUACAAGUCGACCAAUCUGCCAUUACCGGUGAAUCUCUCGCUGUUGACAAGCACAAGGGCGACCAGUGCUUUGCCUCUUCGGCCGUCAAGCGUGGUGAGGCCUUCAUGGUCAUUACCGCCACUGGUGAUAACACUUUCGUCGGUCGUGCCGCUGCCCUCGUGAACCAGGCUUCUGCUGGUACUGGUCACUUCACUGAGGUUCUUAACGGUAUUGGAACUGUGCUUUUGAUUCUCGUCGUCUUCACUCUCUUGGUUGUCUGGGUCUCCUCUUUCUACCGAUCCAACCCUAUUGUUGACAUCCUCCGAUUCACCCUUGCCAUUACCAUUGUUGGUGUCCCCGUCGGUCUUCCUGCCGUCGUCACCACUACCAUGGCUGUCGGUGCCGCUUAUCUUGCCAAGAAGAAGGCUAUCGUCCAGAAGCUUUCCGCCAUUGAGUCCCUGGCCGGUGUGGAGAUUCUCUGCUCCGACAAGACUGGUACUUUGACCAAGAACAAGCUGUCUCUCUCUGAGCCCUACACUGUCGCCGGUGUUGACCCCGAGGAUCUCAUGCUUACUGCCUGUCUCGCUGCCAGCCGCAAGAAGAAGGGUAUUGACGCUAUCGACAAGGCUUUCCUCAAGUCUCUCAAGUACUACCCCCGUGCCAAGAGUGUCCUCUCCAAGUACAUCGUCAAGGAGUUCUUCCCCUUCGACCCUGUCUCCAAGAAGGUUACCGCUGUUGUCGAGUCCCCUCAAGGUGAACGCAUUACCUGUGUCAAGGGUGCCCCUCUUUUCGUUCUGAAGACUGUCGAGGAAGACCACCCUAUCCCUGAGGAGAUUGACCAGGCCUACAAGAACAAGGUCGCUGAAUUCGCUACUCGUGGUUUCCGUUCUCUUGGUGUUGCCCGCAAGCGUGGUGAGGGUGCCUGGGAGAUCCUUGGUAUAAUGCCUUGCUCUGACCCCCCUCGUCACGAUACUGCCCGCACUAUCAACGAAGCCAAACGCCUUGGUCUUUCCAUUAAGAUGCUUACUGGUGACGCUGUCGGUAUUGCCCGUGAAACUUCCCGUCAACUUGGUCUCGGCACCAACGUGUACAAUGCUGAGCGCCUUGGUCUCGGUGGCGGUGGUGACAUGCCUGGUUCCGAGGUUUACGAUUUCGUCGAGGCUGCCGAUGGUUUUGCUGAGGUUUUCCCCCAACACAAGUACAACGUCGUCGAGAUUCUACAGCAGCGUGGUUACCUUGUUGCCAUGACUGGUGAUGGUGUGAACGAUGCCCCCUCAUUGAAGAAGGCUGAUACUGGUAUUGCUGUCGAGGGUGCCUCCGACGCUGCCCGAUCUGCUGCCGAUAUCGUCUUCCUUGCGCCCGGUCUAGGUGCCAUCAUUGAUGCUCUCAAGACUUCCCGCCAAAUCUUCCACCGUAUGUACGCCUACGUCGUAUACCGUAUCGCCCUUUCUCUUCACUUGGAGAUUUACCUCGGUCUGUGGAUCGCAAUUUUGAACCGGUCCCUCAAUAUUGAGCUUGUUGUCUUUAUUGCCAUCUUCGCCGAUGUUGCCACUCUUGCUAUUGCCUAUGACAAUGCCCCCUACUCUAUGAGCCCUGUCAAGUGGAAUCUGCCCAAGCUUUGGGGUAUGUCCGUCCUCCUCGGUGUCGUCCUUGCCGUCGGUACCUGGAUUACUGUCACUACCAUGUACGCCCAGGGUGAGAACGGUGGUAUUGUUCAGAACAACGGUAACAUGGACGAGGUUCUCUUCCUUGAGAUCUCUCUUACUGAGAACUGGCUGAUCUUCAUUACCCGUGCCAAUGGUCCUUUCUGGUCUUCCAUCCCCUCGUGGCAGUUGACUGGUGCCAUUUUCAUCGUCGAUAUCCUCGCCACUUGCUUCACCAUCUGGGGUUUCUUCGAAAACGGAGCGUUGACUCACAUCGUCGCCGUCGUCCGUAUUUGGAUCUUCUCCUUCGGUGUGUUCUGCAUCAUGGGUGGUGUUUACUACAUCCUCCAGGACAGCGUUGGAUUCGACAACCUCAUGCACGGCAAGUCCCCCAAGGGCAGCCAAAAGCAGAGAUCGCUCGAAGACUUCGUCGUCUCUCUCCAACGUGUCUCUACCCAGCACGAGAAAUCUCAAUAGGUGGUUUCCUGAUGAAGUGGGCUCGCCGCUCGUUUUGCGGUGGUCAGUCGGGAAGGCUCCUAAUUGGUGUUACAUACUCUUGCCUUCGGUGUAUAAGUUAGAUAUAUCCCGCAUAGGCACAGUUGUUCACUUCAUUUCCUUCUUGUAAACUGAAAUACCACGGCGUAUAGGCCAUCGGUUACGUCAUACCCAUGUCUGUUAGACUUAAUUACGAAUGAAAGAAAUACAAAAUAUAAAAAUAAGGUGGCAGUCUUGAUGAAGGUGAAAUGUUGUGUAUUCUAAAGGUUUUUACGCCGUUAGCAUGGCUGUCGAUUCUGAAAGUUCUUUUAAGCUCGUAAAGUUUGACGGUUGUAAUUUUUCCAUCCUGGAAUAUCCUUGUUUCUGAUAAGCUGUGUUAACCCCUUUCUCUACCCGCAUAGCCUCGAUUAGUUUUAUAGUGUUAUGCUAAUGUCGGGGGGAAACGUCUUCCUAGCUAGAUAUCUGUACCGAGGUAGUUAAAUAUUUCCAAUUCUCACUUCA